AUGGACCUCGAUACCGAAGUUGAAACUUUGAGUGCGAUAUAUGGCGAUGCCGUAAAAUACACAGACAGCACAUUGGAAUGCACAGUAACUGAAAAAGUCGAGGACAAUUCCCAAAUAGUCACCGGAAGCCUUACCAUCACAUUCACACUUCCUGCUGAUUACCCCACAACCCUUCCUUCUUUUACUUUAAAAUCCGACGAAACGUAUAUUCAAAAAGGUACAGACGAGAUCCGGCAAACCCUUCAAGAUAUCAUCGACACGGAGUUUUCAUGUUUAUUCGAGUUAGUCGACAAAAUGAAAGACAUGCUCAUUGCUCUAUUGGACGGGCACACAACAUGGCUCAACGAAGAAGCUGUUCGAAAAGAAAAAGCGGAGCAAGACGAAGCUGAAAAACAGUUCAUUGGCGCAUCCAAACAGACGUUCGAGCAGUGGUGGAAAGGCAAAGAGGCUGAGCGCAAAAUCACAAUGAAAAGAAUUAAAGAAGAGAAAGAUGAAGAGGUGAACAGAAAGAAGGGGAGGAUCACAGGAAAACAAUUUUUCAUGAAUAACCCUAGAAUGGCAGAACAAGCCGACGCCGACGUUAAAAACGAAGAAGAGAUCGAUAACAAGCUUAAAGAGCAAGGCGUCGACCUCGACAUGUUCGACGAUUUGGAUGUUUAA